AUGGAUCCUUUCGCAGCCUUCGCAUCAAGAAGUCUGGUGACAAAGACGGAGGCAGGUUGUUGGGAUGCCAUGACCAUAAAGGAAGCCAUCGAGCUAUCGUGCGCAGUGACGCCGGAGACGAGUGGUGGCGUGCCGUGCCCAAAGCUGGUGGUUACUUCCUCCAAAAGGCAGCCGGGCCACAAAAUGCGAGAGUACUUGACCCCAGGACAAACACGUGAUGACCACUCCAAGCAUGUUGACCUCGGGGAAGUAGACGUGAAGCACCUUGAUUUCAAUCGGGACGACUGCACCCACCCGGUGAUUUGCAUGCUCGUGACUGCCCGCGAGAAUUUUUGUCGGCACUGGCUCCUCGCGCCCUACGUGCGGCCAUACACCUCCCUGCGCUCCCCUGCGGACUGGCGCCGGGGUCGAAAAAGUCAGACCGAGCCGUCCCGUGCUGGGCCUUCGUAUUUGCAGAAGGAGUACGGCGAGAAGCUCGCAGCUUUGGCAGAGCGGCUCCGGCGAAACUCCUUGGGUCCUUGGGGAGGCCGGUGCGCCUUCGAGCUCCUCGUGGGUCAGCGUGCGCUUUGGGGCUUCGUGGCCUGCACCACCUCGGACAUGAGGAUCCUCUCCGCCUUUGGUCUGCUACAGUUCGCUGUUGUUCCUUUCUCGCUGACUUGCUCCUCGAUGAUCUUCAAUGUUCUUGCCUGGGCCGCUUCAGAUUUCUGCCCAGCUUUGUCAUAG